AUGCCUGGCAGCUCGCGCAUGCCCGUGAGCCUUCGGGAUGGCUUCAACCAUGUUAAGAAGUCCCGCCAAACGAACCCCUUCCUUAUCCUGAACCUCGAUCUUCUUCGAAACAUUGUCUUCUUCUUCUUCGUUGUUCGAUGGACCCGCAAGACAUUCUGGAAGCUGAAGGGCCGCGGCCUGAUCGGCUCUAUCGCGGAGUUCUACACUUCGCUGCGUAGGGUCCUGUAUGGCUACUUCUUGCGCGCCCCCGGUGUACGCGGCCAGGUGCAGAAGCAGGUCAAUGAGAGCUUGAGCAAGCUGCAGGGCAAGAUGGUGCCGACGAAUCUCACCCGCUACCUGACCCUUCCCAAGGAGGGUCUUUCUGACGACGUCAUUCGCACCGAGCUCGACACACUUGCAAAUAUGGACCAUACGCGCUGGGAGGAUGGAUACGUGUCCGGCGCCGUCUACCAUGGCGAGGAAGACUUGAUCAAGCUACAGACGGAGGCGUACGGCAAGUUCACUGUCGCCAACCCGAUCCACCCGGACGUCUUCCCCGGCGUCCGGAAAAUGGAGGCCGAGGUUGUCGCCAUGGUCCUCGCCAUGUUCAACGCGCCUCCCGGCGCCGCCGGCGUUUCAACCAGCGGUGGUACAGACAGUAUCCUCUCGGCGUGCCUGAGCGCGCGACAGAGGGGCUAUCACGAGAAGGGCAUCACUGAGCCCGAAAUGAUUCUCGGCGAAACCGCACACCCAGCUUUCCGCAAGGCAUGCGACUACUUCAAGAUUAAGGCUCAGUUCGUGCCAUGCCCGGCGCCAUCGCACCAGGUGGACGUCAAGGCCGUUGCGCGCCUCAUCACGAGCAAUACCAUCCUCAUCGUAGGAUCAGCGCCCAACUUCCCCCAUGGCAUCAUCGAUGACAUUACGGCGCUGUCAAAGCUCGCCCUCCGCAAGAAGAUCUGCCUGCAUGUCGACUGCUGUCUAGGAUCGUUCCUGGUGCCGUUCCUGGACAAGGCCGGAUUCGAAACCGAGCUCUUCGACUUCCGACUCAAGGGCGUCACGAGUAUUAGCUGCGACACACACAAGUACGGAUUUGCGCCCAAGGGCAACUCAACAGUUCUGUACCGCACAGCCGCGCUGCGCAAGUACCAGUACUACGUUUCACCAGAUUGGUCUGGCGGCGUCUAUGGCUCGCCUGGAAUGGCAGGCUCGAGACCUGGCGCUCUCAUUGCAGGCUGCUGGACGAGUUUGAUGAAGACUGGCGAGGCUGGCUACGUGGACGCGUGCGUGAAGAUUGUCGGCACAACUAAGAAGAUGAUUGAGAGGAUCCACGAGGUGCCGGCACUAGAGAGCGAGCUCGAAAUUGUGGGGAGGCCGCUUGUCUCGGUCAUGGCGUUCACGGCGCGCAACCUCGACAUCUACGACAUUGCGGACGCGAUGAGCACCAAGGGAUGGCACCUCAACGCUCUGCAGAACCCGCCGGCGAUUCAUGUGGCAGUUACACUGCCGAUCACCAAGGUUUGGGAAAAGCUGAUGGCGGAUCUGGAGGCUGUUGUCGAGGCGGAGCGGGAGAAGGAGAGGGUGAGGAUUGUCGAGGGCAAGGGCGCCAAGGGUACGGCCAAGGGUGACUCGGCAGCGCUGUACGGUGUGGCUGGGUCGCUUCCGAAUAAGAGCGUUGUCGUGGACCUUGUCAAUGGCUUCCUGGAUCUGCUGUACAAGGCAUGA